AUGCCCGCAGUCUUGGAGCACCCCAUGCUUUCCAACGCUAUGGCCAGAACACUGCACAAGCACAUUGUGAUGGAGCAGGAGCGUAAGCGACAGGAGAAAGAAGAGGUGGACAAGAUGACGGAACAGAAGAUGAAGGAAGAACAGGAGAGAAGGAAGAAAAAGGAGAUGGAGGAGAGAAUGUCACUAGAGGAGACCAAGGAACAAAUUCUGAAGUUGCAGGAGAAGCUUUUGGCCCUACAGGAAGAGAAGCACCAGCUUUUCCUGCAGCUCAAGAAAGUUUUACAUGAGGAAGAAACACGGAGGCGAAAGGAACAGAGUGACCUGACCACCCUGACAUCAGCUGCAUACCAGCAGAGCCUGACUGUUCACACAGGAACAUUACUCCUCAGCAUGCAGGGGAGCCCUGGAGGACACAAUCGCCCAGGCACCCUCAUGGCAGCUGACAGAGGCAAACAAAUGUUUGGACCCAAAUUGCUUACGACCCGGCACUACGUUGGCCCAGCAACUGCUUUUGUGGAGACAGCAGAGCAUGGACAAUUCCAAGGCAGUCCUGGUGGUGCCUAUGGGACUGCUUAGCCCCCACCUCACUAUAGGCACACACAGCCAGCUUAUAGUCCUAGUCAGCAGCUCAGAGCUCCUUCGUCCUUCCAUGCAGUGCAUUACCUAUCUCAGCCACAGCCACAGCCCUGUGUCCUGCACAGCCACUUUCAGCCCACUGAGACAGAUUUCCUACAGCCUGGUGGUGCCCUAUCGUUGCAAAAGCAGAUGGAACAUGCUAACAAGCAGACUGGCUUCUCCGACUUAUCCUCUUUGCGUCCCAUGCACCCCCAGGCUCUGCAUCCAACCCCUGGACUCCUUGCUUCCCCGCAGCUCCCUGUGCAAAUGCAACCAGCAGGAAAGUCGGGCUUUGCAGCUACCAGCCAACCUGGCCCUUGGCUCCCCUUCAUCCAACACAGCCAGAACCUGCAAUUCUACCACAAGUGACCAUCAGAUUAUAUCUUCAACACC